CGGAAUAUUUGCUUUUUCUUCUUCGUGUAUCAUCACCAGCCUUGCGUUCGCUGCAUUCCCCCGACAAGCACACGCGAGCUUUCCUUCUCUCUUUGCGAGUUCUGCGUUAGCCGCCUUUACCACAUAAACCCCUGCUUCUGACGUUCAAAGCUGAACGCUCCCGUGACUAUUGUUUUCGUCCCGCCAAAAGACAACCAUGCUGCGAAUCCCCCUCUCGCAAUCCCGCGGCCGGAUGCUACGUGCAGCCCCGCAUGCCCGGUUCUCGUCCAGCCUGGCACAUCCGAAACUCGCUACUCACCUGCGCACUCACACCUGCGGCGACCUCACCGCGUCGCACAUCGAUCAGCAGGUGAAGCUCUGCGGCUGGGCGCAAAACAUCCGUGUGCUCUCCGACACGCUUGUGUUUGUGCAGCUGCGUGACGCCUACGGCAGCAUCCAGCUGCUCGCCGAGCAGAGCAAGGUGGGCGAUUUCGAGAAGCAAAAGCGCGUGCUGGAGCAGCUCAAUCCUGACACGCUGAUCGGCGUGCAGGGCACCAUUGUGCGCCGCCCCGAGGCGACUGUCAAGCAGGACGGCGCCGGCGAGAUUGAGCUGCUCGUCGACAACAUCGAGGUGCUCAACCACACCGAAAGCCUCCCGUUCAGCCCGUACAUCAAGGAAAAGCUGCCCGGUGAAGACGUCAGGCUGGCGCACCGGUACUUGGAUCUGCGUCGACCAGAGCUGCAACGCAAUAUCCGCACCCGCUCCAAGGCAACCAUGGCGAUUAGGAGCUUUAUGGACGAAAACGGAUUCGUGGAUAUCGAAACGCCCACGCUCUUCAAGUCCACGCCUGAGGGCGCCCGCGAGUUCCUUGUCCCAACAAGGAUCGACCCUGGCUCUUGCUAUGCGCUUCCGCAGAGCCCCCAACAGUUUAAGCAGAUGCUAAUGGCGGCGGGGUUCGACCGCUAUUACCAAAUCGCGCGCUGUUUCCGAGACGAAGAUUUGCGAGCUGAUCGCCAGCCGGAAUUUACACAGGUUGAUGUCGAAAUGUCCUUCAUCGCAAAGGCCGACAUCCAGGACCUGAUGGAGCGCCUGAUCCAGCGCGUCUGGAGCGAGGUCAGGGGCAUUCACGUGAAAGCGCCCUUCAGGCACAUUUCCUUCACCGAGGCAACAAACAAGUACGGCUCGGAUAAACCAGAUACGAGAUUCGGCCUGGAGAUUGCCCAGGUCCCAGAGCUGUCGAGCCCCGCCGAUCAUGCGAUAGCCGAGAUACUUGUGGUGCCAAAUGGUGCCAAUAUCUUUUCUUCAAAGGAGCUAGCGCCCCUCGCCGACCUGAUCCGCAACAGCCAGAGCAACUGCGAGUCGAGGUUUACUUCAAUUCACAAGGUUAGCAGGGGCACUGUCACUGGGCUCAAUAAAGCCACUUUGCUCGCGCGCCAUCAGGCAGCGUCUCCAGCAGCUGACCUGUCUUCCAUCCUCGCCUCACUGCAUGUAUCCGAUGGCGACCUAUUGUUUGUCAGUGAGAGGUCCUCCUAUGUUACCCCUGCAAACACCACCCUUGGUCGCGUGCGCUCACUGGCUGCCAAGAUGCUGCAAGCCAAGGGCGAGCUGGACAUUCCCAAGGAUGCUUUCAACUUUUUGUGGGUUGAGGAGUUUCCGUUGUUCACCUGCGAGGAGGACGACGCGCACGGGAGGCUGUCUGCCACCCACCACCCAUUUACCGCCCCUGUCCCUGAGGAUCUGCCGUUGUUGUACACUGACCCGACAAAGGUCCAUGGCCUGCACUAUGACCUGGUGCUGAAUGGCGUCGAGCUUGGUGGUGGGUCGAUUCGUGUCCAUGACCCGGCUGUGCAAAAGUAUAUUUUCAAGGAAAUCCUCAAGCUGCCCCAGGAAAUCCAGGCCAGCUUCAACCACCUGGUCACUGCCCUGGGCCAUGGAUGCCCGCCGCACGGCGGUAUUGCGCUUGGUUUGGAUAGGCUUAUUGCAAUCCUGACCGAUUCUGCCAGUCUGCGCGACGUCAUUGCUUUCCCAAAGUCUGCCAAUGGAAGAGACCUGUUUAUGAAGUCGCCUGCCCAGGCAACCCCAGCGCAGUUGGCCGAAUACGGCAUCAAGGUUAUCCCAAAGACCGAGUAGUAGACCUUUUUUCAACUCUUCGAUUAGAUAUCUACAGACAU